UUGUGGUUUGUGUUUGACUCUGAGGAAGAGAGAUAGAGCUGUGAAUUCUCCAUCCGGACCAGAGGAAACGGGCUUCAUACAGACUCACGCGGCUCCACGGAGACGGCGCUCAGAGUCUUCAUCAUGCCACGCUUCAUCAUCACCCUGGUCUUCCUCACGAUGCGGUGCUUCAUCGUCACGAGCAGCAGCUGUCAGAGCGACAGGAACAAGGAUCAUCGGCCCCGCGUCAGCUGCGUGAGUCAGGGACUGACGGCUGUUCCCGACGCCAUCAACACGAGCACAGAGGUCCUGGUUUUCACUGAAAACCAGUUCAUUUCUCUGUCCUGGUCCAUGUAUUCUGGAUUCACAAAGCUGCACGAGCUGGACCUGAGCCACAAUCACAUCAGCACACUGGAGCCGCCAGGUCCAGUGCUGGAGAAGCUGAGCGUGUUGCGUUUGUCUGGUAACAGGUUAACCGGUUUGGAAGGACUGGUGUUCCGCGGCGCUCCCAAUCUGAUGGAGAUCUACUUAGACGGGAACCAGAUUCGUUCUCUUCACGACGGCACCUUCAGCGAGCUGCCGCAUCUGGAGAUCAUCAACCUGUCUCAGAACAAGCUUCCCGCCCUGCCGUCGCGCCUCCUGGAGCGCGUCUCCUCCGACGGCCUGAAGACGUUCGACCUGGAGAACAACAGCGUCUCGCUGAUGCCCGAUGGGUUCUUUUCGUCCAAGCCUGACUUGCCUUACGUCUACCUGACUAACAAUCCCUGGCUCUGCAGCUGUGCCGUCGGUUAUCUCCACAGCUACCUGAACGACCAGGAACACAACGUCUACAUGCACGAUGGACCCAACGACGUCGUUCCUGCCGCCGACUCCGUGGUGUGUUCCGGACCGCCUCACCUGCUCAAACGGCCCAUCAUUGAGCUGGAGGAGAAUGACUUCUGUCCACCAGAUCCUCCAGAUCCACCAGUGUAUCCUCCACCUCCUGGAGACCAGGAUUUCAGACCCCCUCAUGUUCUUGCAACAACCUCAGUAAAACCAAUUUCAAUCACUCAAACGCUGACUGUUCCAUACGACACCACCACAGACGCCCACCCGCCCGAUUCCACCAAUUACUGGACCACCAUUAAAAGUUAUUGGGUCACUGAGAUAAAGUAUUUUAUCUCGACUCCAACUACCCCUGAUCCGCCAACUACCGCUCCAACUAUUGCCGAAACCCAAAGUCAAGCCACGUCUCAACCCGCAACUACCCCUGAACCGCCAACUACCGCUCCAACUAUUGCCGAAACCCAAAGUCAAGCCACGUCUCAACCCUCAACUACCCCUGAACCGCCAACUACCGCUCCAACUAUUGCCGAAACCCAAAGUCAAGCCACGUCUCAACCCGCAACUACCCCUGAACCGCCAACCACCAUUCCGAUUAUCAGCGAAACCCAAAGCCAAGCCACUGACCAACCUGAACUACACACUUUCAGGGCAACGACUGCACUUGACACCACUUUUGGACCAAUUAUUGGCCAACCCCAACAUCAAAGCACCGCCCAACCGGAACUGCACACGAUCACGCUCCAAACUGAACCGCCAGCCGGCAGACGGAUCACUCCCCGAGCAGAACCACCAAUCAGCGUUGGUCCGCACUGGUCAGAUGCUCGGGAAGUGAAUGGACGACUGCUGCCGUGGUGCUGGUGGCUGUUUGCUGGCUUUGUGUUCCUGUGUGUACUUUCUGCUCUCACUUCCUGUUUCCUCUUCCUUUGGCUCCUCAGAAACUACCUCGUCCUCUACCGGCGACUCAAGCGCCAUGUCUCGGCUCGCUCGGACAGCGGCGGGGUCGCCCUGCGGGCGUACAGACGCACCGAAAACGUGCACAAAUGGGAGAAUGAGGGCGAGAGAGUGAGCUUUUUACCCCUUGAACAGAUCAAAGACGCUCAAGCCGUGUUCCGGAGCGUCCUCUUCAUCUCCAAGGAUGAGCAACACCAGAUGAGCGAGACUGAAGGCAAUGUUUCUUCCAAAAUAGAACUGGUGGGCGAUAAGGAGCAAGCGGCCAUGGUGAGCGGGGAAGUGUUCAGGAAGACGCUGUACAGAGUGAUUAGCCGAGAGGAGGAAGCAGAAGGAUGGAUGGAGGAAGAGGAACACUGGGCCCCAAGCGGAGCGGGGACGAAUGUGCGCUACAGCCUGAUCCUGAGGGAGGAGAGAGGCCGGCAGGGAGAGAUGCAGUGGGUGGUCGGGGAGUGGGAGAUCGGGGGUGGGGGCGUGGCCGGUGAGAGGUCCUGCUCUCUGAUUGGCCAGCCCUCUGCAGUCACUCUGGAGUGACCCACUUGUGGACACGAUUUGGUCUCGUCCAUCAGUUCUGAACUUUCCAAUAUUCCUAGUUGGUUCCGAAACAAUUAAAUAGUCCACUAAAUGUGAGUAACUUUGCAACUACAUGUCUGAGAUUAUUAGUAGGCCGUUAGGUUGAUGUGACGUGACUGAAUUUCUUCCAAAAUGAAGAUUCACAUAUAAUUUACUCACCCCAUUGUCAUCCAAGAUGUUCAUGUCUUUCUUUAGUCGUGAAGAAAUUAUGUUUUUGAAGGAAAACA